UAUGUAAACCGUAUGGCCCCAGACAGUCACCGUCAAGGUCACCUGAUGAAAAUCAAGACCGUACAUCGGAAAUCAGAGAAUUAAAAUCAGACGGUUGGUGACUAGGGAAGGGGGGGUCCCUCUAUAAACGUAUAGUUUCUGACUGCUCUCUCUCCGCAGGGCUUUCGUCUCGUGCUUACCAACGAACCACCCUUUUUCUUCUCUCUGUCCCUUACUUUCUCUUCAUUUCUUCCCUCACAAACAAGAAAAUUCAACUCAGUAACGUAAGGGUUUUUUCUUUCUUCUUUUUAAUUCCUUUGGAAAGUGGGAAUCUGGGAAACGGCUCUAGAUCCGGACAGAAACCAUGGCGGGUCAUAGGUUUGACGUCGCAUGGACCUUCUCUUUGGUAGCUCUCUUCUUCCUUCGAGCCCAUUGUUUCUACCUCCCUGGUGUUGCUCCUGAAGAUUUCAAAAAGGGAGAUCCAUUGUUGGUGAAAGUGAAUAAGCUGACUUCAACUAAAACUCAACUUCCUUAUUCCUAUUAUUCCCUACCAUUUUGUCAGCCUGAGCAUAUAGUUGACAGUGCAGAGAAUCUUGGGGAAGUCCUCCGUGGUGAUCGUAUCGAAAACUCUCCUUAUGUGUUUAAAAUGAGAGAACCACAAAUGUGCAAUAUUGUAUGUCGUAAAAUUCUUGAUAAAAAAGCUGCAAAGGCUUUCAAGGAGAAGAUCAACGAUGAGUAUCGAGUUAACAUGAUUUUGGAUAACCUUCCAUUGGUUGUUCCUAUAAGAAGGCCUGAUCAGGAAAAUGCUGUAGUGUAUCAGUAUGGAUAUCAUGUUGGUCUCAGAGGACGGUAUGCUGGGAGCAAGGAAGAAAAACACUUUAUCCACAAUCACUUGACUUUUACAGUCAAAUAUCACAAGGAUCCAUUGUCAGGCUCUGCAAGGAUUGUUGGAUUUGAGGUCAAACCAUUCAGUGUUAGACAUGAAUACGAAGGUGAGUGGAAUGAGAAGACCCGUCUGACAACCUGUGAUCCCCAUGCAAAACGUGCUGUUACUAGUUCUGAAUCUCCUCAAGAGGUUGAAGAAAAAAAGGAGAUCAUAUUUACAUAUGAUGUCGAGUUCCAGGAAAGUGAUAUAAAGUGGGCAUCCCGAUGGGAUACCUAUCUUCUAAUGGCUGAUGAUCAGAUCCAUUGGUUCUCAAUUGUUAAUUCAUUGAUGAUCGUACUUUUCCUCUCAGGGAUGGUGGCUAUGAUCAUGCUUCGAACUCUUUAUCGGGAUAUCUCCAAGUAUAACCAACUUGAAACCCAAGAAGAAGCCCAGGAGGAGACAGGGUGGAAGCUGGUCCAUGGGGAUGUUUUCAGGCCUCCAGCCAAUUCUGACUUACUCUGUGUGUAUGUAGGAACAGGGGUUCAAUUUUUUGGUAUGAUUCUUGUUAUGAUGAUCUUUGCUCUCCUCGGCUUUCUGUCCCCCUCAAAUAGAGGUGGGUUAAUGACAGCCAUGCUCCUACUCUGGGUCUUCAUGGGCCUGUUUGCUGGAUAUUCCUCAGCUCGUCUCUAUAAGCUGUUCAAGGGAACAGAAUGGAAGAAAAUUACACUCAAAACAGCAUUUAUGUUCCCUGCAACUGUAUUUGCCAUUUUCUUUGUCUUGAAUGCUCUGAUAUGGGGCCAGAAAUCUUCAGGAGCGGUGCCAUUUGGAACCAUGUUUGCAUUGGUAUUGUUGUGGUUUGGAAUCUCAGUACCACUCGUUUUUGUGGGUAGUUAUUUUGGUUUUAAGAAGCCAGCAACUGAGGAUCCAGUAAAAACUAAUAAGAUCCCAAGGCAAAUUCCAGAACAGGCUUGGUACAUGAAGCCAGCCUUCUCCAUCCUAAUUGGGGGUAUACUUCCAUUCGGGGCUGUUUUCAUUGAGCUCUUUUUCAUCCUCACUUCAAUAUGGUUGCAUCAGUUCUAUUACAUAUUUGGCUUCCUCUUCAUUGUCUUUGUCAUUCUUAUUAUCACUUGUGCCGAGAUCACAGUCGUACUCUGCUACUUCCAGCUAUGCAGUGAGGAUUACCUAUGGUGGUGGAGAUCAUACUUGACUUCGGGUUCUUCAGCAUUUUACUUAUUCCUCUAUGCUGCCUUCUACUUCUUUACAAAGCUUGAGAUCACAAAGGCAGUAUCUGGGGUUUUAUACUUUGGGUAUAUGUUGAUAAUAUCUUACUCAUUCUUCGUGCUAACUGGUACAAUUGGUUUCUAUGCUUGCUUCUGGUUCACAAGGCUCAUCUACUCAUCUGUGAAGAUUGAUUGAUCUGAUAUUGCAACUUGAGGAAGAUUUAGUUUGUUUCAUUACAAGGAUGUUCAGAUUACACAAAACAGAGGAAAUCGGUGAAUUACCAUUUGGGGUUCAGUUUUGAAUCUUUGAUCAUAGAAAUUGUUAAUUAUCUUAGCCACCUCCAUACAGGUUCUAUGGUGGUUGCUGGCUAUGUUUACUUGUUAAUUGGUUCCAUUACUAUUUUGUAUAAGACCCUUGAGAGAUUGUUGAGAAAUCUCUUCUAGAAUUGAAGGAUCCAUGUAUUCACACGCAUAAUAGUCCUUGCAAUUCUGUGAAGAAUGAAUUCCAAAUUUGUGUCCUUUAAGGAUAAUAAAAGAAAUUAUCAAUUCAUACGUCUAAA